AUGGAUCGGAAGAAAUCUACUCACACUGGAACCAUUGCAAAACUCGAUGGUGAAAUGUCUAAAUCUUUUAAUAAAGCAAAGAGAGAUUGUGAUGAUCUGGAAAGCUCAUCUCAUACACAAUAUUUUAGGAGAAAAAAAUAUAAAACAUAUUACGAACGAAUUAAUAGCGAUGAAUACCUGGGAAAGUUCGAGACAUUGUCGGGCUCAUCCGACACCCACCACUGCGUGUACGGUCCCGCAGGCAAGUCAUACACGGAGAAGGGCAGACUUGAAAGAAGUUUUAGAAAGAUUUUGGACCCUAUUGUCACAGGUCCUAAAUCAACGGAGGAAUGCGAACUGCCGAAUACUUUGCAGUUAGCAUCGACCCUGGAGUUCCUGGUGACGGACUGCGUCGGCCAGCUGCAGACUACUCGAAUACAAGCUCACAUACGCGACUUCGCUCGAGCAUCAUGCUCGGGCUAUAAUAUCGAAGUGCUGCCCAGCCUGUGCGUGGUACUGGAGCACCUGGUAGAGCGCAUGCGCAGUGAGCCGGAGCUGCGCGAGAGUGUGGUGUUGCUCCUCGACAACAUGGACAAACCGAUUCUAUUGCGACGAAUGUCCGACAUCACCACACAGUUUGAUACUCUCAGACAUUACAUAGGAUUUCUGGGCUACCUGCUACUGCAGGUGGGCGAAGACGAACUGUUCAGCCGCGUGUCGCGCGCGCUGGUGUGGCAGCUGUCAGCGCAGCGGGCGCGCGUGGCGCAGGGGGAGCGCGGGAAGGGCGGGGCGGUGACGGCGCGGCUUGUGCUGGACGCAGCGACUCUGCUCCUGCCCACCGCCGCACGCAUGCUCGCGCUCGCCAGGCCCACGCAGUUUCCCGCCUACCAACACAUAGCCUUAUUACUAGCCUGUCACUCCGUACACAACUGUGCGCGC